GAAAUGAAAUCAAAUUUACUACAUCUAAAAUACUCAUUUAUGCCUUUGCGAUAAAUACGACGACAAAGAUUUAGACACCGGAAGUUCAAGAUAGGAACUAAAUAAUCCGUUCGCUGUUGUUACAUCCAAUCCUGUCCCUCCAGGGAGGAGUAAAUUUAAUACAGUAAUGCACUAGCAUGUUAGCUUAUAGUAAGCUGUUAUACAACAGUCAAAUUAGCGGCAGUACAAAUGUUGCUGUUGCACUUUAAUACGAGGAAGCGGGAGCCGUCCAACAUGAUUUGAUUGUAUCUUAUGCGAACUUCAAAUACCUUUGCUGAAAACGAGCAAAACAGGCGUUAACUGAUUUGGUUGCUCGCCUGUUCAUAUAUUUUAGAUGUGUUUUUGCCUUGUCGCUAGCAACUAACUUGCCUUCACAGACCUUUCGCGAAGUUAAAGGCUGUCAUCGGAUCUUGAUAUAGAUAAAAUACACAUUUUCAUUGCUGCUUAUGAGUUCUUUUACUGGCUGAAAUGUCAACGCUGUCGCUGGAUAAAGGAAUGCAAGAGCGGCUGCGAGAGGCAUCGGCGAUCGGGGACAUCGACGAAGUGCGAGCUUUAGUGGAAAGCGGAGUUAACGUCAACUCGCAGAAUGAAAUAAAUGGAUGGACUUGUCUGCACUGGGCGUGCAAGAGGAACCACAAACCGAUUGUGGCUUAUCUACUGAACUCUGGAGCAGACAAAGAUGUUCUCACCUCAAAAGGAGAAUUAGCUGUCCAACUAACCUCCAAGCCUGAUAUCAGAAGACUUCUAGGAGUAGAAGAAGAUGUUCCAGAGGUGAAAGAGCCAGAAUUACCUAUUAUCCCAAAUUAUCUGUCAAAUCCACCAUUCCCUUACGGCAAGUCUGACACGGAUGACCUCAUUUUGGCACCCCACACUUUCCAGAAUGGUACGGCUAAUCGACAGCCUUACUGUGAGCCUGUCACCUCUCUGCCUUCCCCUCCGGACUUGUCUCCAGCCUCCUUGAUUUCCUAUGAACGGGAACAAAGCUUGUUUGUUGACCCCGAGAACUCGAAAGAGGGCGCCGAGCAGAAUGGCUUGAUGCCGGACCCUCCGGGUGCCAUGAAUGGCGUGCUCUCGGGGGCCCACUGCUCCAGGAACGGAGAGCAUAGCCACGCCGCUUCUCCGAUUGAGCCGGCGCACCCAGUGCCUCCCACUGCCGGUGGCAGUGCCGGAUCCCAGGCUGGCAAUCCUACGGUGACCAGACAGCAGUCCAUUCCGCAGCAGCUCAGCUGUGGUCCGCCUGGGGUAUCAGUGCCUGCCUUUCAGCCUUUCUUCUUCACCAGUACCUUUCCAGUUAAUGUCCAAGAGCUGGUCCUGAAAGUGCGGAUUCAGAACCCCAAUGCCCGGGAGAAUGACUUCAUCGAGGUGGAGCUGGACCGGCAGGAACUCACAUACCGCUCGCUGCUCCGGGUCUGCUGCCGGGAGCUCGGCAUAAGCGCUGACCACGUGGAGAAGAUCCGCAAGCUGCCCAACACCAUGCUGAGGAAGGAUAAAGACGUGGCCAGACUCCAGGACUUCCAGGAGCUGGAGGUCGUGCUGGAGAGGAUGGAAGGCCUUUCUCUGCUGUCAGGGGUAGGACACGGCGGCUUGGGCGACAGACCCUGCUACAACAUGAAGGCGUCCAAACUCACGUAUUAAUCAGAUAUGAAGUUCGCUUAAAGCCUCAGAGCAGCUGCUUGGCUAAACAUUUGGAUUUACGGUCCGCGUGGUGGAAAGGUUCACUGUCGUUGAGUUUCUUUUUGACGGUAUCCCCCGUGCUUCACAGGCAUGGCAGUCCACCUCCCAGUACCUACGCUGACCUACCAGCUGUUUUGAAUAAUGAAUAGUAUGUAUUUUACCAGUGAAAUAUAGCAGGCCAAAUUAAUGAGUGGAGCUCCGGUCACAUUAUUGAUUUAAGUUUCUUCUUUUUUUUAAGAACAAACUUACCUUCUAAAACUGUUUAACUCCUGAUUCUGCCUCUCUAACAAGAAAUCUGGACAAAAUCCUCUUUAUUUCCCUUGCUGUUCUUCCCUAAGUUGAGGGAGGUCUAAAAGCACCAUAUAAAUAUUAUAUUUUCACUGCCAUCUUUAAUAAACACCUUAUCUUCAUCUGCUGUUGCUUCGAUACCUUCUGUUAAUUUACAGUGUCGCUACAUUGAUCAUAGACUCUCAACUUCUCAAGACAUUCAAGUGUACAAGAAUACUGAAAAAUAUAUAUUUUUACAUUUUUUGUUGCUUCCCAUUUGAUUUGCAUUAUUAUUAAAAUACUCAAACAAUUCAGAGAGAUGAAAUGCUGCUGCUCCUCAGACUGCUUGUGGUACCGCCUAAGAGAGGGAUGCGAGGAGUUGGUCUCCACUCUUCUUUUGUGGAUCAGUGCCACGGAAUUGUUUUCAUCUUUUGUUACAGUUGAGUGUCUUGCCGUUUUGAUAGUUAAAUUGCACAUUUUUUGUGGAAUUUUAGUGACUUUUUCAUUUUUGUCACCUCACACUUGUACUGCUAUAUAUACUGUAUUCACUUUUUCACGUAGAGGCUGCUGAAAUGUUCUGUUCAUUAGUCUGCCUGUUGAUAAAUGAUGUUAUGCAGUAAUAAUAGCCAGCUCAUUUUAACAUUUACCAUUUGCAUAUGGCCAGUUUAUCUUUCUCAAGGACUUUGUCCUGCCUACUUAAAAUACAAAAUUGCAUUCAAGGAGCUGAGAACUUCUAAAAUACAGGUUUGGAAAAUAAAGUUCAAACGUUUUUUGCCGAUAAAUCCUGCUUUCCGUGUUGCUUACAAAUCUUAAAGAUUCAUUGAUAUUUUGACUGCAUUGGUUGCUUAAGGAUCUAGAUGUUUGCUAAUGAUAAUUAGCACGGUGUAAAUCGUCUGUGUGUCCAGUGAAUGACGACCAUGCAUUCCUGCUUUGUUUGACUUAGGAUAUGUGCACUACAUUAGCUAGGUGGGACAUUUGAUGGAAAAUGGGUUCAGCCAUGCUAUGUAUACAGAAAACAAUCAAAACUCCUCACAAAUUAUAUUGCAGUGAAUAAUGUAGCAGCAAAGCCAUUGUUUUUGAAAGUUAAUUUUAACGAAAGUGCUUUUUUUUCUUUUUAUAACCUUCUUCAUUUCUUCGGGCGAGGCAGUGUGGUGGGGUGGGUGGGUAAAGUUUCUAAUUUGUACUAGUAAUCUUAUCGUUUGUAACGAGAUGGGCAUAUAGCACAACGUUGAUUUACAAGUAAACAAACGCAAGUUUCAAUUUAUUAUAGAUGGGGUUAUAUUUUGCUUCUCAGUUUUAAUAAAAUGUAUCUUGAUUUAACUUAUAUUUUUAAAGGGUUUGGGAGGGUUUCUAUAGGAUUUACUUAUGUGAUUACUGUGACUUUUAGGGGGAAAUGCUGUUACAUCUCCAUACACUGGCCUGAAAACGUGUUUAAAAUGAAGAAAAAAAAAAAACAUAGGGACGGAUAACCAAAUCAAGAGAGGGUAUGAGGAUGUAGAUGUUAAUGUGCACACUUUGUGAUACGGAAAUGAAGCAUGUGUGUGUUUGUCGGUGCAGGCGGUAAAACUUGGUUCAGUGGCGAGCGGUAACUGUUCCUGAAUUUUAUUUUUGUUUUUUCUAUCUUCCAUUUCCUUUUACGUCCCUGAAAAGAAUAAAGGAAAGGAGAACAAGGAAACUGAACCUGGCAUCUCGCUAAAGAUUAUAUGAGAAGAUGCAGAUAUAUGUUUGUACCCUGUCAUUAAUUGUGAAAUUUGUUUUGUUUUGUUUUUGAGUGUUUUAACCUCACCCAAUCUGAAUGACUACAGGGAAGUCUAAACGUGUACACACUACAAUCUUCACCUUUCACACUAGGGCCCUGGCUCUGUUGUGCAUCGGUGACCCUACUGGUUUAGUGGGAAUGGUUAACACUGUAUUUAAUAUUUGUUCAUUUCUUAGUAAAGAAAGAAAAAUGUUUAACUUAACCUAUGCAUUCAGAGUCUGAUAUUUUUAUAUGUCUUAUGUAAUUUGAUAAAAAAAAAAGAAAGCUUACGCACUUUUUAACCUGUGUUAAAUAACGGGGACCUGUAGCUGUUCAUUAAUAAAGCAUGAGAAAUAUG